UUCUAUUUUAUUUACGUUUCACUUGCAAUGUGCUCGUGACUCACAUUUAUCUGUCAAACACAUCAGUGCAAUUUCAAUGUUUACUUUGCACAAAGGUAUUGAACGAAAAAAAUUAUCCGGUCGACUGAGUUACACCAUCAAUUUUCGGCCAAAUUGUCAGCCACAAUGAGUGAGCAUGUAAACAAAGCAGAGUCAUCUGCGAAAAAGCAAAAGUUAAUCGAUCGAAUGGCCACAGACCAUCACCAAGCGGUUGUUGCAUUGGUUCCAAAUGAAGAUAGUCCACGUAUAUUCAAGCUAAACAUUGAUUGUUUCGAUGAAAUUUUUGACUAUUUGUCCACGGCAGAUUUACUUGGCAUUGGCCAAACGUGUAAGACCAUGCAACAAGUGGUGGGUGAAUAUUUCAAAGAGAAUUACACAGCAGCAUCAAUGUUCGGUGGGAAUGAUGGUAUUUAUCGUGUAUUUUCGAUCAAUGGAAUGGACCGUGCCGAAACAUCUGGUUUCAAUAAAUUCGUCCGCUACAUGUCGCAUAGCUUUAAUAGCCUCGGUCCAUUACGUUACAUCGAAACCAAUGGUGCUCAGUUCACAUCGUUGCAACAUUUGUAUCUCAUUGGUGUUGAUUUGGUCACAACACGCGUCAAUUGUCUUCGAAAUAAUCUGCACCAAUUCGAAAUCAUUCAAAUCAAACAGUGCACAUUUCAAUGCGAUUUUUACGAAUCAUUUCUUAAAUUGUGUACCAAUUUACGGCAACUGUACAUACAGUAUGAUAUUGGGGAUAUUAUAAGGGUGGAGGAAAAUGAUUGGUUGCAAAAGAAUUAUCCAAAAUUGGAGCACUUGGAAUUGACACCAAUAAAAUUAAUGCAAUUCAAUGUGAGUGAAUUGGCACAUUUUCUACACAUCAAUCCAAGUGUACGUAGCUUUUCAACUAGCAUCCGAUUUCUAUGGGAAAAUCAGCAGAAAUUUCUACGCAGUGGCAUUCAAUUGGAUACAUUUGGUGUUAAAAUUGGUCGCAACUAUGGACUACGAUUUAGAGACGUACUUGAUGUGGAAACAUCGAUGAUUUUUGAUCUACUGAAUCAACUGUAUGCUCAAGGUUUCUACAAGCAGCUUCAUUUAUUUGUUACACACAUCGAUGAAGAAUACACGAAUGAGAUUGUAUCGGUGCGAGGCCUUGAGAAAUUGUGCAUUAAAAAUUACAUUCAAAGCUAUAAUUUGCCGUUGGUGACGAAUUUAAAGGAAUUAUCAAUUAUGGAUACAACACCAACCGCCGAUAUGGAGAUUUUGGCCAAUGGAUUGGUCAAUCUGGAACGAUUAUAUCUUUGUAAAACGACAUACAACGACAUUCUGCCAUUCAUUCGCCAGUCCGUCAAAUUGAAUCGGAUCAUUGUGAAGGGCGUGUAUUUCAGUGAAAACAUUUUCAAAGUAUCGACAAUGAACAAAGAGAGGGAAAAGCUGAAAAAUGCACGUAAAGUCACGAUUUAUGUACCAGACGACCUGUUUGUCACGAUCAAAUGGGCCACCCCAAAUGGAGACACAGACUUGAAAUUAGUUGAAAUAAAACGGUGCGAUUCAUAUCGAUGGGAUCAUCAUUACUAUUAAUUAUCGUCAAUGGUGCUCAAAACGUGUUUCGAAUCCAUUUUCAACGAAGCGAUCAAUUUUCUAGUUUAAAAUUCGCAUUGAUAUUGAUUUCUUUUUUCUUUUUUUUAGCGAAAUUUACAAAUGAUUUUAUUUUUGUUCAUUAAGUUUGAAGAAAAACUGACGAAAAUUUAUCUGAAAUAUUUGACAUUGAUUGAAAAACGUAUAUAUUUUUUUGUUAAGAUUUGCUUGUUGAGAAUCCAUUCCCAUCGACUGGUGCACGAAGUAUAUAAUCAAUUUUUUUUUCACAGAUUCUUUCAUAUCUAUAUUUUUUUAAUCAACCAAAGCCCUUGUUUUUUAGCCGACUUUCAAUAAAGAUUUCGAUCAAAGACAUGAAUUCGUUCAACUUCCUUUUUUUUGCUACUUUGGAGUGACGCACUUGAAAUGUUCGAGUACAUAGACCCGAUAACAUGCGGGCUUGAUACAAUGCUAUAUUAAAUUCAAUGAUUUAUGGUGCACGCUUUUAAAGCAUGGUUGAGUACUACUUUGCACUGGUAUUGGUGUUUGUUUACAAACUACACGCGUGUAAAAGGAAACACACGUCCAUCGGGUGACAAAAGAAGAAUAAAAAAAACAGCUUAUGAAAGAUAGAGAUUAUUUACCGGCUUUGAACAAUAUGUCACAUAGACACAUAAACACAUUAUACAAAAUUCUCUGUUCACACACUGCGGCCGAUGAUUAUAAAAAUAGCCACAAUGAGAUCAUAGCGAAAUGUUUACGUGAGUUUGGCAUCGUCGAUGAUUAGUACGCAUUUUUACUUCAAACCAGCCACUCAUAGAACAUAGCUGCUGCUGUCGCUACAACUACUGCUGCUAAAAUAAAUUGAUCUCUGGAAACAAUUAGAAAAACAAACGUUGAUCGACUUUUUCAGCGGCUCUUCAUGUUGCAUUCAAACAUAAAGUCAUUUUUACUUGAUUUGUGGACUGAAAAAAUAUCAAACAAAAAAAAUAAACCAAGAUACGAACACCGCAAAUUAUCGGCUAAGAAACAGACUCCUUGAAACAAACAUCGUUGACGAUAAACGAAAAAUACGUAAAACAGUGAACAGGCGACUCUCACUCGUACAACACGUGAUGUACGAAUGAUACUUUAACCUGAAUCGAUAUUAAUACGUAUUUUAAAGUCCAAAUGUGCAACUUUCCGUUGGAAAUUUGCUCAUUUUUUUCACACGUGCGGCUCAUUAGACUUUUUAGACUUUAGAGUUUUAAAGGUGAUAGAAGUGAUUUUUUUUUUUGAAGUCGAGAAAAACGACAUUGAAAGUGAACAGAUGAAUUGUCAAGAAAAACAAACUUGAAUAAAAUAGAAAAACAUAUAUUUGAAGGAGAGAAAAAAUCCAAAAAGUUUUUUGAUGUGAAAUAAAAAUCGACUGAGUUUUGGUUCAAUUCAACAAUCAAAAUAUAUUGAGAAACAAAUUAUCUUGGCUUUGAAAAAGUGACGAAAAUCGAAACAAAUUCGAAAAAGUUGAUAAGAAAGUGAGACAAUCGAAAAAAUAUCAAAAAGAAAGGGGAAAAAUCACAAAAGCGGAGAACGAAAACAUUUGUUUAUGUAAGAAAAUCGAAAAUUAAAACCAUAAAAAAAACUCUUUGCUGCGAACAGAAUAAAAUUUAAAAGUUAAACAUUUGCAAAACAGAAAAGUAGAAUGGAAACAAUAGAUUAUUCCUAUGAAGCAAAUUAUAGCAUUGAAAGCAAAGAAAAAAAAAACUUAAAGAAAAUUCCUAAUAAAAUAGAAAAUACAAACAAGUUGAAAGAAAAAAUGAAAAAAAAUGGAAUAAAUGAUUUUUCUCAUUUUUGAUUCUUCACAGUGUGAGGAUUAAGCUAAAAACAGCAAAUUGCUGACUGUAACCGGAUUUGGAAUUGAAUUGUUAGUACCAGUUCGACCGUGUGAAAUAACAAAUCCAGGGGUGGUUGAACGCCGAAGUGAUCAACGUUCGCUGCAUAAAAGAAUUUUCAUCAAAAAUGGUGGUAAUGAUGGGUGACGACGAAAUAUUGUGUAAAAAGCAGAGGUUAACCAAAGAGAAUAGUACGGAUGCGGAUGAGUCGAAGAGUGAAAUCACCAGUGCAUCAUCUAAAGAGUUAGCAUCGAAAAUAUUCAAAUUGAAUGCAGAUUGUUUUGAUGAAAUCUUCGAAUACUUAUCUCUGAAAGAUUUGCAUUCGUUCAGUCAAACAUGUCGUGCUUUGCAAAAAGUGUCCGGAGAGUACUACAAAUUGAACUGGCGAGCUGCUGAAAAGUUUAUUGGCAACGAUGGCAUCUAUACGAUAUAUACCAAUGAUAAAAGUGUAAUUAAAACCCAGACAUCUGGUUUUAAUCAAUUCACACAAUUUCUGUCGCUUCACUACGAAGACUUCGAACCGUUUCGCUACAUCAAAACACACGCUGACGAGUUUAUCCGUGUGAAUCAUCUGUAUCUGGUGUGCGUUGGUUUAAAUUCGGCCAAAAUGACAUAUUUCGAAGGAAUUCUACCACAGAUAGAAACGGUACAAAUUCGCCAGUGCACGAUAUGGAAUGGUGAUUUCUAUGAAAUCAUUUUACAACACUGUGAACACAAAUUGAAGCGUCUCUAUGUGCAAGAUGAUCUCGGUGAUAUUAUUAAUAGAAUGCAUAACCCAUGGCUACUACGAAAAUAUCCGUCGCUCGAACAUUUGGAACUCACGCCACGAUAUUCAUACGAAAUUGUUGAACUUGGCCAAUUUUUCGAUUUAAAUCCGAAUAUACGGAGUUUUUCGAUUGGCUCCCAUUGCCUGUGGAUGAAUCGCAAGCAGCUGAUGGACAGUGGCAUCAAAUUGGAUUUAUUGGAAGUGAAACAUUUUGAUUCGGGAUUUUACUUUUAUCACGUCGAAAAACUGAGCAUUCCAUCGAUUUGUACGAUUUUGAAUCAACUUUUCGAACGGGGACUGUACAAAAGGUUGCACUUGAGUGUCAUUGAUAUUGAUAAAGAGAGUAUUGAUCAAAUGGCAUCGAUUCAAGGACUGGAAAGACUUUCAGUGAAAGAAGCCAAUGGAAUGACGGCUCAAAUUUUAUCGAAUCUAAAGAAUUUGAAAGAGUUGAGCAUUAUGGAUUGUAGCAACACUGAUUGGGACGAAGUAGCCGGCAAUCUCACGAAGCUCGAAAAACUUUUUAUACAAAAUGCAACUUAUGAUGAUAUGCUGGCAUUCAUUCGACGAUCAUCGCAGCUAAAGCUUAUCAAAGUCUUUCCAAGAGAUAAGGAACAUUUCAAUGGGGGCGUCAUGGAUUUGGUGAAAUUGAAUGAAGUACGUAAAAAACUACCCAAUGCACGUAAGCUCAUCAUUUACAUUGAAGACAACAUUUUUCUACCCACUAAAUGGAACACUGAUAAUGGUGACACAAACCUAAGCUACAUCGAAAUGAAACGAUCCAAAUCACUGUGCUGGGAUUAUGAUUGCUCAACAUUUAAAACGAUACAUUGAUAAUAGUUAUUAUCACUAAAGUGAUAAGUUCAUAAGUUGAGUAGAAUGUUAAGCGAAAUUUUGGUGAUUAAAUGGCAUUUUUAAUCUUUUUUACAAAUUAGUAUCUACGUGAAUAUUUUUCAAUUUGAUACUUUGAUUAUAUCACCAAUUUUAUAUAGAUAGGCUCGAAAUUUGAGCCUCAAAGCUAGUGGAAAUUUCGACUUUGAAAUACAUUUUUUUUAACGUUUCAGUUAAAAUUUGGCUUUAGAUAAUAAGAAAAAUGUAAACUUCUCGAAGCAACUGUAGAACGCUUUAUAGCGUACUAAAUUGAGCGUUAAGACAAUAAAAGUAAAUCUUAGAAGAUAUUUCUUUUUAUUCGGUAGGUGAUUUUUGUUUUUCUGUGUCAAGAUUUAAAUGCGUUUUUAAGCUAAAAACGACUUUCUUUAAACCGGAUUUUUUUUUUAAAUGAAAAAGUGAAAAAUAAAAUAAAAAAGACGUCAUAUUUAGACGCCGAAAAUUUUUUUUUCAUCAUAUCACAUCACACCAUUUUUCUUAAAUUCCAACCUAAAUCUGUAUCUCAUUAAAAAUAAACGCAAAAAAAACGGUCUAUAUUUGUUGAAAUAAUAUUCGUUCAAAGUAAAUUUCAUCAACUGUCCCCAUUUAUCAAUUCACUUCCAAAAAAUGAGGUGGAUGUUGUUUCACAUUGAAAAGGUCGUUUGGUUAGAACAGUAUUCGAAUCGAACACGCACAUCAUUGAAUCUCUCUUAUUAGAGCCACACCAAAUGGUCACACAGAUAAUGCGCAUUAUUAUUUUUAUUACAGCGUUCGAAUGGUUUGGAUUUCAAAAUGCAAUAACUAUUUCAAAACACCAAAUCGAAAUCAACACGCACAACAAGCAACAACCUCAUUAAAAAUUCAAAAUGAGGCUCUAUCAGCGAUAUGACUUAUAUACAUAUUACGAGAGUUUAUAUGAUAUAUUUACGGCGUUGUCAGUUAAACCGGCAUUUGUUUACAAACAACGUUCGUUGACAUUUCACAUUUAGCCAAUAGAAAGAGCGACAAUGCGUAAAAUGUGCUAUUUAUGCCGGCUCAUAUGCACAUACAUUGUCAGUUGCAACUGUGAGAAAAAUACUAAGGGGUAAGAACACAAGCGCUUGAGACGAAUCCGUACGAAUAUUUGUGAAUUCGUGUGAUUGUGUAUACGAGACAUUCGCAUCGCAGUGAGUGUAAAACAACAAUAACAAAGCAGCGAACGCAUGAAUAUAUGAGAAUCUAUGUGAAUCUCACAACUUGUUCCUAGCCCCUAGGCAAAAUAUUUAUACAUUUCAGGUAUUAGUAUAAUGCGCUGUUAUCGCUUUGACUUUCUAUAUAGCUUGUCAUUUUUUUCGGGCUUAAAAAGUGAAACUUUGCACUUCAUCUAUUUUUAGACGGUUGUUGCAAUAAAAUACAUACAAUGUUGCAACGUUCCUGAUUCGAUUGGACGGUCGGACGAAACAAACAAGCCAUUAAAAUCGUUAUUUUCCUUUUUAAUAGCCAGAUAUGAUGACCUGUCGAGGGGCAAAUCACUUUAAAAAUUACUUUCUAUUACCUAGCCUAUUUAGUAGGCAAAUUACAAAUUACUUUUUACCAAAAGUCAUUUAUGUAUGAAAAUGAUAUUAAACUAACAUAUUUUUUCAAUGUACCGAUGUAUUACGAUGUGACAGCUAUACCACAAAUUACUUUUAUACUAAAAUAUUUGUUCAUUUUUCUACUUUAUUAGAAAUUACUUUUCAUUGAUUUGCCCCUUGUGACCUGUUCUUUUAUAAACAAGAAUAUAGGCGGAAUGAAGAGCCUCUUAUUCUUCGUGCUUUGAAUAAAUUGAAUGUUUUAAAUUCUCGAACCUUUUUACGUAUGUAUUAAUAUGAAGAAUAUAAAACAAUCAAUCAAUUUAAUCAUUUUGACUCGUGCUUUGAAAAAUCUCUUUCCCGAAAUUUUGUGAUAUCAACUGAUCAUCGUAUCAUAUGGCCAGUUCUAAAUCAGCGCGAAAAACUUUAAAUCGAACUAAAUACGUGUCAAAAUAGAACAAUUACAAUACUAUUUCUUAGCAGAGAUAACUUUAGCGCACCCGUGUAUUUUCGUUAUUUUUUUCGUUCUACUUUAGCUUUUUGGCCAAUUUUUUUUUUAAAUAAUAUUUUGUGUAACAUAACGAAGAAGAGCUCACAUUUUCUGCUCCCGGUAUUCGCAUUGUGUGGUCAUAUGCACUUAGUAAUUACGCACAUUGGCUCAAUUUCGCAAUAUUACGCAAUUUCUACUUUUUGGGGAUCUUUUCUUUAUAUUUUACUAAUAUAAAUAUGAUUUUUCAAAAACUGUUUUUUUUAUGUUACACAAAAUAUUGAUACAAAGUUUUUUUUUGGCCGAAAAAGGUAAAGUAUAACGAAGAAAAAAACAAAAAAAAACAACACAAAUAAUCGGGUGCGUUAAAGUCAUCUCUGUUUCUUAUGAAUGUGUCAGUUCUUUGUGAUCUUUUAUCUCUGUCUCUCUUUGAUGUGCUAAGCUAGCACUACUAACCGUGUGAUACCAUAUCAAUAGCUCAAUUCUCAAUUUAUUCUUAAUAGGUCAUUUAAACCACACUUUUGAGUCUGUGCUCAUAAAUCAAUUAUCAAUGAGUGAAUGAGUGUGCUUCCAUUUGAACUGACCUAAGAUAACAAAGUGUAACUUGAGACUUAGAUUUGUUUAGCUAACAAAAGCUAUAGAAUCUAAGCCGCCCGAAGUAUAAUUCAGACCUAUUGCCACCAUGUAAAAUACCGAAUCAACAACUAUCUGUAACUAUUUCAAGCAACAUACGAUUUCAACUCGAUUCAGCUGAAAUUUGCACAUUCGCAGUGGGAAGUGAGAGAAGAGAAGAAGGAGAACAAACAUAAACACACAACGGCACGUUAUGGGAUGUCAAUACAUGCAAAGAGAGCAAUAGUGUAUGGUAUGCCAAUGUAUGUGUACACGUACAGUGUACGCGUCAAUGUAUGGAGUGUUAGAUUGAAGCAAAUGAAUUGCAGCAAGCAACAAGUGAAUGUUAUUUUUUCGAUUUCUUCAAAAAUCACCCGAAAAAAAACAAAAAAUUUCUUUAUUCAAUAGAAAUCGGUUUCAAAGUUCCUAUGAAAAAAAUAUGAUGACAUCCGAUUUUUCAAUAUGCAUUAUAAUAUGACAAAACAAAAAUACACUUGUGCCGAUUUAGCUAUUUCAUACAAACUUCAAGUCAGGAAACCACAAUAGCUGUCACUCGUUGUGUCAAACAGUUGUUAUUCGUCAUAAGAGAAGAAAACUACUUGUGAUUUAUUAGGUUCUGCGCAUUGCAUGCACUGAGUUCACAUCUUUGAGCGCCAAAAUUCCCAAAUUAUCAACAGAGGAAUCUUUCAAGCUAACUAAGACAACAAGUCAACCUUGAAAUUCAAGUGCACUGACAGCUUAAUACAAAUUGAACAUUGAUCAAUGAACAAUAAGGUGAAGGAUUAAUCGUCAUCGUUCGACACGUCUUCUUUUGGAGUAUUGAAAAUGAGUGCGUCCAAAAAACGAAAAUUGGUUGACGAAGAAGACCAACAUCAAAGUGGCCCAUCAACUGUGGAGCAUAAUAUAGGUGAAAAGCAAGUGGCAAUUGUGUCCCCAACUGAAGGUUGCUCCAGUGAAGAAUCACGACCAGACAUUUUAACUAUCCAUUGCUUUGACGAGAUAUUCGAGUAUUUAUCAUUGAAAGAUUUGCACUCAAUCGGUCGAACAUGUAAAACGAUGCAACAAGUGGCCGGCCAAUAUUUUAAGCAAAAUUAUUCAUCCACAAAAAUUGGUUGCAAUCAAAACGGUAUUUACACGGAUCUCAGAACUCAAAAUCCAGUUCAAUUUUUAAUCUCAACUUUCCAUCCCAUUAAAUUAUUUGGAUUUGAACCAUUUAUCUCUUCGAUGUACAUACAUCCGUUUGUUUCACCGUUGACAUAUUUCAAGCUGCCGUGCAACGAUGAACAAAUCACCUCAGUCAACAAAAUCAACAUCAAUUCUAUAGUUAUAAAUUAUCAUACAGCGAAGUUGCUGCAAAGAAUAUUGCCACGAGUAGAAACGAUACAAAUUCAAAAUUCUAAGAUCUAUGAUUUGUAUGAAUUUCUGUUGAAAUAUUGUGGAGGUUUGAAGAGACUUUACAUAAAAAAAUCAAACUUUGAUCACGAUUAUUACGAUAAAUUUGGACAACAAAAGUGGUUAAUGCAACACUAUCGACAACUAGAGCAUUUUGAGUAUCAUCCACCGGAUUCUUUGUUCUUGAACGAGUUGAACACAUUUCUCGAACGCAAUGAGAAGAUUCACACGUUCGCUACGAGUUUGGAGUGUUUGUGGAAGAACCGGCAUGCUUUCAUAAACUCCGAAGCCAAGUUGAACAUUUUGGAAGUGAAAUGUUGUCAAGAAUUCGGAAGCGAUGAACCAACCUUGCAAUCGCUAUGCAAUUUGGUCAACCAACUCCACGAGAAAGGAUUUCACAGACGAUUUCAUUUGUACGUACAGAGAGUGGAUGAAGAGUUCAACACUCAAGCGGUGUCGUUGAAUGGGCUCGAAAAAUUGUGCAUCAAAGGUUUCCAUGGAACUUUACCACCUCUCGCCGGACUCAAAGAGCUGGCUAUUUUAGAUUACUCUAAGGAUUCGAAUGAGCCGAGUGACAAUAGAAUGGAAACCAUUGCAAACGAUCUGCUUGAUCUACAACGACUUUACUUAAACAACGCAAACAGCAUCGAUGAUGUCAUGCCAUUUAUCCGACGGUCACUGAAGCUCAACAAACUCAAAAUCUUCUUCAAAAGGGAUAGCUAUCCAAUCCAAAGCUCUUUCAGAAAACAAAUUUUUCCACUGUCAAAACUGAACCGAGAACGCGAAAAGCUAUUCGAAGCCCGCAAAGUCACGAUUUACGUAUCGGAAAAGAGUUUUGUGGACACAAAGUGGGCUACCAGAAACGGUGAUAUAAACUUAAGGCUUAUCGAAAUGAAACGAGCCGAGUCAUACGAAUGGAAUCAAUAUUUCACGAGUAAAAUCGAAUAAAACACUGUAAUUUAAUCAUUUAUUUUCAUAAAAACUUGACUGUAAGAUCAUCAAACAAAAUAUUUCAAACAUUCCAGACAAAUACGUUAAAUAUUAUAUUGUUUUUCAUACAAAUACAACCAAAUAUUGAUUGUUUUUAAAUUGAUAAAAUAAAUAAAGUGUUUCAAAACCC